AUGCCUCUUGAGCAAACCAUCACCAUCGUCAACAAUUCUGGCAAGAUCAUAAGCACUGGAAAACAACUCUUUUCUAUCUUCAAGGAAGCAAAAGCAUCUUAUGAUGAGAAGAAGGCAGAGAUCAAGGGCCUGAAGCGUGCCGAAACCUUUGACCAGUCGCGGAGCGUACACAGGCAUGAUGGGCAUUAUCAUCGACACGGACAUGGCAGUCGUGGGGGCCGCAGUGAGUAUGAGCCAGCGUACCACACAGAAUUUGACUAUGGAAACAACCCCGAGUAUCAUGACGACCGGCGACGUUCGUUCGAUGCCCAUAGCGAGACGGGCUCUCACAGAAGCUAUCGAUCAUCUCAUUCACAUUCCAAAUAUCGCCACCACAGCACGAGAAGUCGGCCAGCUUUGACAGAGAACAACCUAAAGACGUUGAGCGAGGCGUCGAGCACGUCACCCAGUAGACCGCCGAUGGCAUACCGCAGUCCUUACGCCGAGACGCUCCCCAAAGAUAUGGUUGUGUCAAGGAUGAAUCUCACUCAGCAUGAUGCAAAUAGUGUCACUGAAUCAGACUGGAGAAGAUCCGCUCUCGCCCGACGGGUAUCAGAGUCAGAGAUUAUGCGACAGGGUGAAAGGAAUGGAAAGGAGAUCGACAUGAAUCUUGCGUACGGAAAUAUCCCUCCUGAUUUGGAGCACAGAAUAGACUUGGAUCCUUCUCGGGCCGACGAGUUCGAGGAGCACAAGGCCAACCAGCUUGUUCGCAAGGUCGAAGGACUGUUGGACGAAGCCCACUGUCUACAGCACUCUGCAACCUCCAUCAUCAAGCACCUUCAGGAAAAGCCAGACGCGGCCGCAGCCGUUGCACUAACACUCGCUGAGCUGUCAUCUGUAGUGGGCAAAAUGUCUCCCGCCUUCCUUGGGUUUCUUAAGGGCGGUUCUCCUGCCGUGUUUGCUCUGCUUGCAUCACCUCAGUUCCUCAUUGGUACUGGCAUUGCCGUCGGGCUGACUGUGGUAAUGUUUGGGGGCUGGAAAAUUGUCAAGCGUGUGAAAGAGCAACAGGCAGCUCGUGAAGCAAUAGCAUGGGAAGGAGCCCCAAUGGAUCGUCCUGCGCCACUGCGGACUCAGAGCGAUUUCAGUGCUGGCAUGGACGAGGCAUUGAUUCUGGACGAUGAGCUGAGUACCAUUGAGACCUGGAGAAGGGGGAUUAUGCCUCUAGGUUCCGAUAAUGAAAGCGCCGACAUUGAGCUGAUCACUCCCGAGGCGGAUCGUGCUCACAGGGAAAAGUUCAAGGACGAUUUUGACCUUCGCUCGCAUAGAAGCGCCCAUACAACGAAGACCACUAAAACGUCCAAGACUUCCAAGACGGCAAAGACAUCAAAGAGUCGCAAGACACAGAAAUCGUCAAGCAAGGACAAGCCCAGAGACAUUCCCGAGCGCAAGAGCAGCAGAAAUGCUACGGUUGAGAGUAUCAAUGGCGAGUCCGAAUUGGGCAAGCAUAGGUCCAGCAAGAAACAGAAGGACAAGGACAGGAAUAGGGAAAGGGGUGUACCGAUGAUUGAGGAUGGGAGAAGCAACGGAAUGGAGCUCGUAUUCAGGCCCAAAGCACAACGACAGGGCGACAACAUGUUGAAGGCACUCUUCAAAAGCAAGGAUAAGCGUGAGAGCCGAGCCGAGCUAGUGCUCGCGUGA